GCAGAGGCGGGAUCGGUCGCUGAGCAGCAGCCAAGCGGCUGGAGGACGGACCGGGCUGAGGUGAUGGCGGAGCCGGGCUAUCGGCCGGUGUCGCGGCGUGACUCUCGCUCCUUGGCUGGCUACAAGCAUGCCUGUCACGCUAUGUUAUACGCGGCGGAGCCGGGAAAACUCUUCGGCAAAAUCCCCCUCAGAUAUGCAGUGUUGAUGCAGAUGCGUUUCGACGGGAAGAUUGGUUUCCCGGGCGGCUUUGUGGACCCCCGGGACAACACUCUGGAGGAAGGGCUGAACCGCGAGCUGGGCGAGGAGCUGGGUUGGGACGGCAAGGGUCUGCAGAUCACGGAGGUGGACUAUGCCAGCUCCCAUGCCACUGAGGCACUCCCCCAGAAGGUGGUGGCCCACUUCUUCACCAAGAGGAUCUCUUUGGAGGAACUACGCAAGGUGGAAAUGUGUGCCGUUCAGGCGAAAGACCAUGGGCGUGAGGUGCUGGGAAUCAUCCGGGUGCCCCUCUACACCCUGCGGGAUGGCUUCGGGGGACUGCCUGCCUUCCUGACCAACACUUUCAUCGGCAAUGCCAAGGAGCAGCUGGUCGAGGCCUUGCGCAGGCUGAGGCUGGUGAACGAGCCAGAGUUGCAGGCAGCCAUCUCCGCCAGUCGGGUCGGGUAGGAGCUUGGUGGUGGCAGUACCCCCAAAUGUUUGUUUCCCCCCCCCCCACUCCCGCAAAUCCAGGAUAGUACACUGCAUGUUGUGGCAAACUACAGUGUUUGUAACGCGGUUGGUUUCUUUUCCUCUUGUCUAUUGUGUGCAUGCCACAUGUUGGGAGUGAGUCGUAUAGGCUCGGGAGUUGGGGGGGGUGGUGCUGGGUCGUGUUUGUACAUCACGUGCCCCCAUGCUCCACAGUCCCUGUCUCUGCCUGGCGCUGGGUGACGGCAGGGCAUGUGGGGAACCAACAUGCAGUGUUGCCCUCUUUGAAUCUUAAAUGCCCAUAGGAGUGGGCAGGUGGAGUCCAGUUUAGGGUCUCACCCACGAGGACUCUGACUAAGCCACGCUGCCUCUUCUGAUGAGGCUCUGCCACAGCCUCCACCUUUUCACAGUACAGAUCUAUCACCUCACUGCUGUUCUGAAGGUGUGGUCCUCUCCCCCUCAGUGGAAGUGUUGGCUUGUGUUCCCUCCUGACGGUGUUGGUUCACUCUUGUGAAUCGGGAUAGUUAUCCGUGUGUUGAUUUUUGCAUCAUUAUCCCUGCCUUGUCUGAGCGAGGGGUUACAACAUGGCCCGAGAGUUGGGGCGUCACAGGGCAUUCUGCCUGCAAGUGGACUGAGUGACCGAUACUUCUGGCUCGCUGGGCUGUGAAGGGCACGUGGUGUCACAGUGAUGGAGGGUGGGGCUAGACGAUUGUCUCUAUUGUCUGUUUGGAAGGUGGGGAGUGGUGUUGGGGGUUACUGCCUGGCAGUGGGGCAGUCACCGUGCAUGUUGGCCACCAGUGUGAGUGUGAGCCCAGAAUUUGUUACUUUGGUGUCUCUGUGAAAGCUUGAGAGAUGAAAUAAAGAUGGAAACAUUGACCCUCUGCCUCACCACG